UCCGAAACCGAGAAUGGUGACCGUUCACGUAGCCACUCAGCAAAAAUAUACUUUGUGGAUACUACAUUCACAUUGUACAUAACCUCAAGAAAUUUACCCUGUAGUUUUAAAGUAGUGAGACUGUGUAACAACAUUAAUUCGUUUUACUACUACUACUACUAUUAUACCUUUUAAGUAAAUAGGAAAUAUAUAGUGUCGACCAUCUGAAAUGGCAGCAAUCAGACACGCCCUACAGCACGAGGUCUUCCAGCCUUGUGACGAGAGGCUCCUGGCCUUUGUACAUGUCAGUAAGGCAUUCAAGAAGAAGAAGACCAGCUUUUUGUGCAUAUCAGUUACCAAAGAGACUCCAUUAAUUGUCAACAUUUACCAGGUAAAAAAAACAGACAAAAAUGUGAUGAAGAAAAAGAGAUCCUGGAAUCUCAGCAACUUGACUCUAGUGGAUGGAAAAACUACAUCUCUUGAAACUCAUGAGUUUGAUCUGCAUUUUGAUAAGGUUUACAAGUGGUUCGCCAGCAACCUACAGGAGAGACAGUGCUUCCUGAUUGUACUUUGGAAGCAAUGCUCUAGCUAUUCUUUGAAAGAAAGGCCAGAAUUCAAAAAUCUCCCCAAAGAAUGGAUUUCUGGAGAACUGAGUCCGAGUCAGACCCAAUCACAGAUCACUGCUCUCACAGGAGAUGUUGAGGUUGACGGAGAAGAUUACCAAGCCCUGACAGAGAGAGAAGAGAUGGACUUGGAGCAGCUGAUGUCUCAGUGUGGCUCAGCAGUCAGUAACGCUGAGGCCUUCAUGGAGACUUUAGCUCGAGAUUUGUCAGUUCUGGAUGGAGAAAAUGUUCAAAGCGUGUUGGCCUCAGAAAAGCAAGUGACUCACCUAAUGGAGCAGCUGGAAGUGGCAAUUACCGAGGUAGAAAGAGUAGAGUCACAACUGAACAGCUACGAUAACAUCUUGUGUCACAUUCGCAACACAAUGGACAAAAUGGAAGAAAAAAAUAUGCUGAUUGAAGUAGCAAAUCGGAACAAUCUAAAACUUCUCACUGAACUAGAAAGAGUCAUUUUCCAGUUAGAGUUGCCAAAGAAGCAUCAGAAUGCGCUGGAGGAUGCCGAUCUCAUGACCAAGGAGGGUUUGCGUGAUGCUAUCACUGCGGGCAAGGCACUCCAGGCCGUAAUGAACGCAGAGAUACAUCCUGCGUUAGUGCGUUUAGCUGCUGUACAAGAGCAGAAGAAACGCUUUGACAAAUGGAAGAGCAAGUUCUCUCAAAUAAUAUCAAGGCAUCUCAACAACCUCUUUAUACAUCUGGGUAAUGAUGCAGGUGAGCAGACAGGUACACUGCUGAUGUUGCCCAAACACACGAAACUGCACCGAGAUCUGACAGCUUAUACUGAGCUGAUGCACUGGUGUAAGGUGAUGGAUCGCAAGGCGUAUACUGCACUUACUAAAGUCUACACCAACUGUCUGGGGAAAAUUUAUGAGCGUGACAUCCACCAGUUCUUAGAAGAUGCUAAACAUCAGAUCUCUGGAGUCAACUCAUCGACAGUGGGGAGGGAGGACAAGUUGAGGAACACCAACUGGGGACUGUUGGGGGUCGAGAGGGACCAGUGGGGGGUCGAGUGUGACCCCUCUGAGCGUCUCAGGUUCGACCAUAUCCUAGAGAAAGUGUUAGCCCAGCUGGAACCUGUUUGUCUCUCUGAGCAAAAUUUCUGUGUGUCCUUCUUCCAGUUGGACGUCCUCAGUCCCACCACCAAGAAUACACAGACAACAUUGGAUGGUCUCUCAGGGGACAAUCGGACAGAGCUUGAGGCAGUAGUGCUACCUCAGAAACGCAUUGAGAAGCAGGUCAAUGAGGAGGUGCGUAAGAUGAUGGCUGACAUUUUCAGUUGUAUAGAGCCAGAAUUAGUGAACUUCAUCAACCAUCAUGAGAAGCUCGACAGUAUGCAUGGAGUUAGACAAAGGUAUUGCUAUCUGGAGAAUGCAGUUAACAGACAUUAUCAAUCCUACUGCAUGUAUGCGCUGGUGAGAUUCAGCCAACACGUGAUGUCAGCACAAGACACUGGCUCGUUCCUCAGCAUGACGUUUGGCUCGGUGUUGGUGCAGGUCAAGCGGAACUAUGAUCGCUACAUGCAGGCUCAACUGCGCUCCAUCCACGAGUCCAAGGUCAACCGCAAGUCCAAGUGUGGAAUACUGCCUUUUGUUGCCAACUUUGAGGAGUUUGCAAACCACGCAGAAUUGAUAUUCAAGGACACAGAACGUCGGGGUGACUUGGAUAAGUGGUACAUCAAACUUGGGACAGCCAUGUUUGAGGUGAUCCCCUCAGUUGCUGCAGACCACCACAAGACACCCUCUGAGGUCGUCAAAAUGGAAAAUUUCCACCACAUGUUCUCUCUGCUCUCACAAUUGAAGAUAUCAGUGCUAGAUGCUCACAAGAAGGAAGCCAAACAAAAAUAUAAUGAUGCAUUGAAAGCUUAUGUCACCAGAUACUUUGGGCGUCCUCUUGAAAAACUUAAUCAAUUUUUUGACGGGGUCCAAGUAAAGGUAGCUCAGGGAGUAAAGGAGUCGGAGAUCAGCUACCAGAUGGCCUUCAGCAAGCAAGAAUUGAGAAAGGUGAUUCGAGAAUACCCUGGGAGGGAGGUGAGGAAAGGUCUUAAUGAUCUCUACAAGAAGGUUGAGAAGCACUUGUGUGAAGAAGAAAACCUCCUUCAGGUGGUGUGGAGAGCAAUGCAAGAAGAGUUCAUCCAACAGUACAAGUAUAUUGAGAACCUGAUCCAACGAUGUUACCCUGGCUCUAUGAUUACGUUAGACUUCUCCAUAGAAGAUAUUCUCCAGUUCUUUUCAGAGAUUGCCCGGUCUCAUUAGAUUAUACUUGGUUAAACUCACAUUUGAUGAAUUAAUGUUUAAUAGUUUAUAAAACAUGUAUAAGAUUAACCCUAGAUCAGGCGAUCAAUUAUUCCUUUGCUGGCAGGCCUAUUUUAGCUGAUUAAGACAGGUUCUUUUAAAUCAUUCUCAGGCUUAUUGUUUUUAAACAUAUAUUUGUAUAUUGUUUUUUUCUCCAAGAAAAAUUGAAUGUAUUUUUUUAUAAAUAGUUUUAAAAUUUUUGUCUUACACAGAAGAAAAAUUACAAAAGCUAAUUUUACAAUUAUUAACUUUUGUUGUAAAAAAACCAACUUUUAAGUUCCGUAGUUCCUAAAAGAAAUGUUUAUUGAAUAAAUCAAGAUAAUUAGUAAAUAUAUCCCAAAGUAAGGCAUUAAAAAACAUUUCAUGAAAGUAAGAAAUAAAAAUAUACUAUUACUAAAA